AUGAAACGUAUAAACAAUUAUUUUACUAGUAAUACUAGCGCCACAAGUGCUAAAAAAAAUUGUACUCAAUUUGAUGCUGUUGAAAUUAUAAAUUCUUCCCCUUCUGGUAGCUGUAAUUUUGAACUUACAACUGAGAAAGUCUUCAGCAAGGAACCAUCAUUCUCUACAGAUACUUAUAAAUUACAACUUGAAGAUGCUGAUGAUGGACCAAAACAGCCAAGAUUGGUAUGUUACCCUAAAACCAAAUUUGGUAAAAGAAUGAGACAUUUCUCAUCAAAAUGGUUUCAUAGUUAUAAUUGGCUUGAGUAUAGUAUAAUAGAUAAUUCUGCUUUUUGUUUUCCAUGUCGUUUUAUUGCCAAAAACAAAGACAAACCCAUUUUCAUAAGUGUAGGUUUCAAAAAUUGGAAAAAUGCAUUAGAUCACAAUUCUGGUUUAAAGAAACACAAUAAUAGUGAAGAACACAUGAUUUCAAACACUAUGUGGAUGUCCUACUUAGACAUGAAAAAAUUAGGUAAUUUGUCAGUGGCAUCAUUGAUAAAUGAAGGUCAUAAGAAAUUAGUUUUAGAAAAUCAAAAUUAUGUCAAGAUGAUUGGGAGAACUUUGUUGUACACCGCUAUUCAAGGCAUAGCACAGAGGGGUGACAAUGAAGAAGAAAGUUAUGCUAACCGUGGUAACUUCAUUGAACUUUUAAAUUUAAUUGGUGAUAUUAGUGAUGAAUUUAAAAGUAAAACUGCUCAAUCAUUGACCGCUAGUUCUCUCUUUCAAUAUAUUAAAGAAAUACUUUCUGUUCAUAAUGUUGAUAUACUGAAAUGUGUUGCUCAAACCUACGAUGGUGCCAGUGUCAUGAGUGGAAAGAAUAAUGGGGUACAAGCAUUAUUUCGUCAAGAAGUACUUCAGGCUAUAUAUGUACACUGUUACAAUCAUAGGCUUAAUCUUGUAAUUUCUGACGUUUGCAAAAAUAUUCCAACUGUGAAAAUGUUUUUUGAUAUUGUAGAAAAUUUAUAUGUAUUUGUAUCUGGUUCUGCUAUACAUUCAAAGUUUAUGGAAAUUCAAACAAUUAUGAAGUACAGACCUGCUGUUGAACUUAAAAGGAUAUGUUUGACAAGAUGGACAGCGCAAGUCUUUGCUUGCUUAGCAUUAAAAAAAGGUCUUAGUCCACUGCUGGUUUUAUUAAACAAAUUGAUAUUUGAGAAAGGUGACCGUGCAGCAGAGUCAAAGGGCUUACUACAUUUAAUAGAUUUUGACUUUGUAUUUAAUUUAAUUAUCUUUUGUAAUAUUCUUCAAACUCUAAAAACAACAAGUGAUUAUUUGCAAAAUGUAAAAGCUGAAAUGGCUGAAUCUUUAGUACUUAUUUCAUCAAUUAUAACUACUUUUAAAGCCAUGAGAACUGAUGAAACCGAGAACAAUAAUUCCAAUUUUAAUCAAAUGUACAUAGAGGCUAUAAAUAUUUGUAAAGAAAAUAACAUAUCGAUACCAAAUGAACAUAAAACUAAUAGAGUUUUAUCAAAAAAUGGUUUAAGACAACAUGUUUACAUACCUGCGUUGGAUUAUAUAAUAAAAGAACUAGAAGCACGAUUUACAGAUAAUUAUUGUGUGUUGUCAUCAAUAUCUUACUUACAUCCCCAAAAUGAACAGUUUUUAAGUUAUGAACAUUUGAAACCUUUAGCUGUUCAUUAUAAUCUUGAUCUAGAAAAUCUAAGGGCAGAACUAAAAAUUUUACCAACAACUAUCAAAGAAUAUCAAAUUCAAAAUAUUAAUGUUAAAGUAAACAAUUUAGUGAAUUUAAUUGAACUACUUGAGAAGUAUAAGUUAGCUUUCAAUGAGACUUAA